AUGAAUCACACAGAUGUUCCAGAAUUCCUCUUUCUGGGAUUGACAGAUGAUCCAGAACUGCAACCAUUCCUCUUCGGGCUGUUCCUGUCCGUGUACCUGGUCACAGUCCUGGGGAACCUGCUCAUCAUCCUGGCUGUCAGCUCUGACCCCCACCUCCACUCCCCCAUGUACUUCUUCCUCUGCAUCCUGUCUUUUACUGACAUCUGUAUAAGCACAACGACAGACCCCCAGAUGCUGGUGAAUAUUAACAGAGAGAAUCAGCACAUUAGCUACAUUGGCUGCAUUGUACAGAUUGGCUUUGUCGUAUUUUUUGUUUGUUUUGAAAACUGUGUCCUUGCAGCAAUGGCCUAUGACCGCUAUGUGGCCAUCUGCCAUCCACUGAGGUACACUGUCAUCAUGACCCCCCGCCCCUGUGCUAUGCUGAUUCUGCUCUGUCUGCUCCUCAGCACCGGGAAUGCCCUGCUCCACAGUCUGAUGGUGCUGCGGCUGUCCUUCUGCAGGGACCUGGAAAUCCCCAACUUCUUCUGUGAACUUGUUCAGGUCAUCAAGCUGGCCUGCUCUGAUACCCUCACCAAUAACUUCCUGAUAUAUCUUGUAGGCAGCCCAUUUGGGGGUGUAUCUGGGAUCAUUUUCUCUUAUACUCAAAUUCUCUCUUCCAUUUUGAGAAUGCCGUCAGUGGAGGGUAAGCAUAAAGCCUUUUCCACCUGUGGAUCUCACCUCUCAGUUGUCUCCCUGUUCUAUGGGACAGCUUUUGGGAUGUACAUUAGCUCUGCAGUUAUUGACUCUUCCAGGAAGGCUGCAGUGGCCUCAAUGAUGUACACUGUGGUUCCCCAGAUGAACCCCUUCAUCUACAGCCUGAGGAACAGGGACAUGAAGGGAGCCUUGAGGAAAAUAAUUAGUAGGGGGGCCACGCGCACCACUGGCCCGCUCCUCAGAGGACCCCGCGCCAGCGCCCCGUCCUACCUUGAACCAGCGCCUGGAGCAAGUGCAGCUGGAGCGUCCGGAGCGGCCACCACCCGCGCCGCCAGCCUGCGCUCAACUUUGGCCGGGCUCUCGGGCGCCACGGUGCAGCAGAGCGGCCCGUUAUCAGGCAGCGGCGGGCCUCCAGGAGCGCGGCGGCGGCGGCGGCGGCGAGGUUGUAAGCAGGGAAAUUUCCGGCAGAACGCCUUCGGCGGCCCCGCAGCCAGCGCCAGGGCCGCGCCGCGGCUCCUGAGGAGUCCGCCUGCAGUUGAGCGGACGCCGCUGCCGUCGUCCUCCCCGCCGGGUGCAGGGAAGAAACAAUUUCGGACAGAUCAGCCGGCCCGGGCGGCUUCCUACAACGCCUCGCCCCCUAGGGACGUGCAGCAGGCCCGGGAGGUACUGCGGCCCUUGACCCUUUGGAGACUUAAUGUGACUCUGACUGCGCUCAACUGUUUUGAUGUCCGCUGGUCAUCUGAUCUCCGCUGGUCACCAUGUGAGGAUGGGACGACGGACCGGAAUCGCCGGACCGCUCCAGCACGGGAAGGCCGACUGAAGCAUGGACGGAGACCCUGGAGCUCCCUCUCCCGGCGGCGCUCGGGACACUAG